UGUCAGGACCCUUCUCUAGAGAGGGACACAAAACUCUAUAAGAUUUAUUGCGGAAUAAAUAUACUGCUCUUCUUCCCAUUUGUCUCCAUCUUGCUUCUGCCUUGUCCAAGUCAGCAAGUGCUAUCACUACUCAUCAAUCCAAUACAACAACAAUGUCAGCCACAGCCCCAACCACGGAUGAGGGUCCCGAACCAGGCAAAUGGGUCGAAACUAAAGCUAAACUUGAAAAUGGUUACAAAUACUGUGCAAUUCUUGCUUGUGUUGCCGGCUUUGGCGCCAUCUUUUGGUUCGUGAUACUCCCCGAGUUUUGCGAAGCUAAUGCAACUGCUGACACUGGGCAUUAUGCUCGUUCUCAUCCUCGCCAUCUUGGCUUUCUCCCUCCUAAAUUAGGACUGCCCUUCCCAUGACCAGGUCAACUGCCAAUUGAUGGCCUGUCAUGAACACGUACUCCACCAAACGAAUAAAAGCGACACGCCACAACAAGAGCAGCAAGUUUCGGGCUUAUGACAGUUCAAGCGUUGUAUUCGGAGGAACCCAGGCGCAAUCUUUCAUGGCAAUCAUGCCACAAGCUUUUUAUAGGGUUAGUUCAGACAAUGGUAUGAUCACCGUCGAUUGAUUGUCGCUUAUGCCUCU